AUGGACACCACAGACAAUGCUCGUCGUUCGGCGGAAACGCCCGUCUGGGAAGGAUCGAAGGAAGCCCAGGCCUUCGGAGAUGAGACGUCUAAGGAGCCUAAACUCGACAUCCAGAUGGGGGAGAUGGACGUUCUUGACGACAAAGCUGCCCAAGCAAUUCUUCCAUAUGAAGCCGAUGACUCUCCUUUUCCAGAAGUGAGAGCAGUCGUCUCCCCCAAGGAUGAUCCUGAUAUGCCGGUCAACACCGUCAGGAUGUGGACAAUCGGCAUCGUUUUCACCAUAAUCGGAAGCGGGCUCAACCAGUUCUUCAACUUGCGCCAGCCCAGUGUCACCAUCAGCUCCCUCGUUGCUCAGCUUUUAGCCUAUCCACUGGGUUGUGCCUGGGCGAAGUUUGUGCCCAUCGGGAUCAUGAAUCCCGACCGGGACUUCAAUGUCAAAGAGCAUGCAUUGAUCACAAUCAUGGCCAACGUGUCCUUCGGGUCUGCUGCCGCCACCCAAGUCAUCGAGGCCAUGGUCAAGUUCUAUGAUCUGCCGUCGCAGGGUGGCUACGAGGUGCUUUAUUGUCUCACCACGCAGCUUCUCGGCUUUGGCAUCGCCGGCGUGUCGUACCGCUGGUUGGUGCAGCCGGCAACCAUGAUCUGGCCAAGUGCACUAUCCAACGCAGCUCUUUUCACCACUUUGCACUCCCGACUCAACUUGGUGGCGGACGGCUGGAAGAUCUCUCGCGGCAAGUUCUUCACCUACGUCUUUGUGGGAGGAGCCAUCUGGUACUUUGUUCCGGGCUUCCUGUUCAAGGCGUUGAGCUAUUUCUCCUUCAUCUGCUGGAUUGUGCCACACAAUGUGGUGGUCAACACCCUUUUUGGACAGACCACCGGCCUGGGUAUGUCGAUGAUCACGUUCGAUUGGGCUCAAGUGGUCUAUGCCAAUCAGAGCCCCUUGUUGGCUCCAGCCUGGGCCGGGCUCAAUGUGAUGGGCGGCUUCGUCAUGUUUUUUUGGAUUGUCGCGCCUGCCAUUUACUAUACCAACACCUGGUACUCGGCCUACAUGCCGCUCAUGAACUCCAACACCUUCGACAAUACUGGGAAGACGUACAACACCACCCGCAUCAUGAAUCCAAAUGGCACUGUCAACAAGGAAGCGUAUGAAGCCUAUUCUCCCAUGUUCCUGCCUGCCGCCUACGCGCUCACCUAUGGCCUCUCGUUUGCCAAUCUGACGGGCAUCUUUCUUCAUGUCGGGCUGUACUAUGGCAAAGACUUGUGGUCUGGAUGGAAGGGCACCUCCAAGCAAGAUGUUCACGCAAGAAUCAUGUCACGAUACCGGCAAGUCCCGUGGUGGUGGUUCGCCGUCAUCACUGUCGUCAUGCUGGCUCUCAGCAUUGUUACCAACGAAGUCUACCACACGGACCUGCCAGUUUGGGCCGUCUUCCUGGCAUUCCUACUACCCGUCAUCUACUUUUUGCCUGUGGGCAUCAUCAAGGCCGUCACCAAUGUCAGCACAAAUCAACUGAACCUGAUCACCGAGUUUAUAGGAGGCUAUGCCUUCCUGGGGAAGCCGAUCGCAAACAUGAAUUUCAAGUUUUAUGGAUAUGUCGCCGUGUCACAGGGCUUGGAGUUCGUGGCCGACAUGAAGCUCGCGCAUUACCUUCACAUUGCUCCACGAACGGUCUUCUGGGCACAGGGUAUCGCAACUGCGGUCGGUGCAAUUGUUCAGUGCGGCGUCACUGUCUUCCUCAUUACUAACAUCAACGGCAUUUGCGGCGCGGACGCCAAUGGAGGUUAUUCAUGCCCCCAUGGCCGUGUGACGUAUUCUUCGUCUCUCAUCUGGGGUGCCUUGGGACCGGCAAGGAGUUAUUCUCCUGGUCAGUUGUAUGGCAAAUUGCUGUGGUUCUUCCUUGUGGGACCCCUUGUCGUGAUAAUCACAUGGCUACUUGCGCGCCGAUGGGACUUCUUCAGAUUCGUGUCUUGGCCCGUCAUUUUUGGUGCCAUGGGCCUCGUGCCUCCGGCCACCGGUGUCAACUUCUCAUCUUGGUGGGUUGUGAACGUUAUUUUCAACUUCUUCAUCAAGAGACGCCGACCAGCCUGGUGGAACAAAUAUAACUACGUCUUGUCCGCUGCGCUGGACUGUGGGGUCGCCGUCAGCACCGUCAUCAUCUUUUUCUGUAUCUUGCUCCCUGGCGGAAAGCUCGACUGGUGGGGAAAUUCGGUGUACGCGAAGACGGCCGAUGGCCUGGGCACACCGUGGAAGGGUCUUCCAGCAAGAGGCUAUUUUGGCCCCGAGAAAGGAACAUGGCACUAG